GAGCAGCAGCAGGAGAAGAGGAGGGCGAAGCAGCAAGCGCCGUUGCGUCAGGGGCGUGGCCUGCGUCGGCCACAAACGCAGCUGUUGUGGAUACCCGAGAGCCAGCCAAUAGCCACGACUCCACAGCCCUUUCACGUGCUGCAGCAGCUGCAGCAUGACUUGGAGGAGCAGCUCAAGCACAGCACCACAAAGAAGCCAUUCAGUGUGCUGGAGCAGUUGACGCUGGAGCAGCUGAAGCUCUUGCAGCAGAAGCGGCCGAACAGCAGCUUUAGCAUAUUGCAGCAACUGCAACUGGAGCAGGAGAAGCAGCUCAACAAGACCGGCACAGUGCAGCCAUUCAACAUCUUCGAGCAGCUAGAUAAGGAUCUGCAGGAGCAGGAGAAGCACGAGCAGCAUGUGGAGCAGGGCAGCACCUUUGAGGUUGUGCAGCCAGCGACAGCUGAGCCGCUGGAGCAGCACAAGAGCGACGGCAAGGUGCCGGCGGAGUCAUCCCGGGCCAAGGACAGUCAAAAGCGAAAACGCAAGCGAAUACGCCGGCGUCGCAAGCGGAUUCGCCGUCGCCGCAAGCGCAAGCGUCGUCGUGGCAAGAAGAAGCGCAAGAAGAAACGCAAGAAGAGGAAGAAGAAGAAGAAUAAAAAGGAGAAGAAGAAGAAGAAGAAGAAGAGACGUCGACAGCAGAAACCCGAAUACGAACACCCGCCGCUGGGACAGCCGGCUCACCUCGUCUUCGCCAAUCCCACCAAGCAGCCGUACCACUCGCACCACCACGGUCCCUCAUGGGAUCCACAUGGCCAGCAGCCACAACCGCCAAUGGCGGCAACCACAAUUCUGCAGGUGGUAACCACCAAACGUCCGUCGACCACCAAGGCGCCCUUUAGCAAAAUCAAAUAUCUGCUGCGCCACAACACCCUCUUCAAGCGGAAGAAGAAGGAGUGGUUCAGCCAUGUGGGGCACGUGCUGUAUCCGUUCAUCAAGUUUGUUGCCUUCUUCACAGUCCUCAAUCCCUUCACACUGGGCGUCUUCCUCUUCACGCUGAUCUCACCCGUCGUCUUUGGCUUCUUGGGCUUCCUGCUGCUGAGUGUGCUGGUCAAGCCGUUCCUGCACCUCGUCUUCGGCGUCAAGGCCAGUGUGGAUAGCAUCGAGCGUCAACGGUAUCUGGCCAACAAGCGCGCCGAGCAGCUCAAGCUCAAUCUGCGUCCAGUCACCAUCCACAAGCACUACUAUCAGCAGAAGCCGCUGCACUCCACACCAGCGCAGCACUUCCCACCGCUCGCGCACUGGCGACGCCAAGGCCCACCGCCCGAGCUACGGCGUAAUAAUCCGCCACAUCCCGCCGCGCGUCGCUAUAAUCCUUUGCUGCCCGCGGUACGCGCAGCGCUUGCUCGCGAUGAUCUUCGUUUUUAG